GUUAAUAUUCUUGUCCUUUUUCAAAGAAGGAAAGAAAGAAAAAUGGCAAGGAAUGCCAAGUUCUUGGUGGGACUUCUGCUCGUGAUUUUCUGGGCAGCCAUGGCAGAAUCUUCAGAGAAGCAUUAUAAAUACAAAGAUCCAAAGCAGCCGAUAAAUAUCCGAAUAAAGGAUCUAAUUAGCCGGAUGACAUUGGAGGAGAAGAUUGGUCAAAUGGUGCAGAUUGACCGCACUGUUGCCUCAUUUGAGGUGAUGAAGAAGUAUAAAAUUGGUAGUAUACUAAGUGGAGGAGGAAGUGUUCCGGCCAAGGAGGCGUCACCAGAGGCUUGGGUUGACAUGGUGAAUGACUUUCAGAGAGGAUCUUUGUCGACCCGUCUCGGGAUUCCGAUGAUUUACGGAAUUGAUGCUGUUCAUGGCAACAAUAAUGUCUACAAGGCAACAAUAUUUCCACACAAUGUUGGUCUGGGUGCUACAAGGGACCCUCAGCUUGUUAAGCGGAUAGGAGCUGCAACUGCACUUGAAGUUAGAGCUACCGGCAUCCAAUACGUUUUCGCACCUUGCAUAGCGGUUUGUAGGGAUCCGAGAUGGGGCAGAUGUUACGAAAGUUACAGUGAGGACCCAAAGAUUGUGAGAGCAAUGACAGAGAUUGUAUCUGCAUUACAAGGAGAAUUACCUGCCAACUCUCGCAAGGGUGUUCCAUAUGUUGCUGGAAACAAAAACGUAGCAGCUUGUGCAAAGCACUUCGUGGGUGACGGCGGAACGACGAAAGGCAUCAAUGAGAACAACACUGUGAUAAACAGACAUGGUUUGCUCAGCAUUCACAUGGGUGGCUACUACAACGCUAUCAUCAAGGGUGUGUCAACCAUUAUGGUAUCAUACUCGAGCUGGAACGGAGAAAAGAUGCAUGCCAACCGCCAACUUAUCACCGGUUUCCUCAAGAACACUCUUCGAUUUAGGGGGUUUGUUAUCUCGGAUUGGCAGGGCAUCGAUAGGAUCACCUCACCGCCUCAUCUUAACUACUCAUACUCUAUUCAAGCAGGAGUUAGUGCCGGCAUUGACAUGAUCAUGAUUCCAUACAACUAUACAGAGUUCAUAGAUGGUCUAACCUACCAGGUGAAGAAUAAGAUUAUUCCCAUAAGCAGAAUUGAUGAUGCAGUGAGGAGGAUUUUGAGGGUUAAGUUUAUAAUGGGUCUGUUUGAGAAACCACUGGCUGAUUACAGCCUUGUCCAUGAGCUUGGUAGUCAGGAGCACAGAGAGUUGGCUAGGGAAGCUGUCAGAAAAUCUCUCGUGUUGCUGAAAAAUGGUGAACAUGCCGAUAACCCGGUGCUACCACUUCCAAAGAAGGCACCAAAGAUUCUAGUUGCUGGUACUCAUGCAGACAAUCUGGGUAAUCAGUGUGGUGGUUGGACAAUUGAAUGGCAAGGACUAACUGGCAACAACCUCACUUCAGGUACCACAAUCCUCACAGCCAUAAAAAACACUGUUGAUCCAAAAACCGAAGUGGUGUACUUGGAAAACCCGGAUGCAAACUUUGUCAAGUCCAACGAAUUCUCCUAUGCCAUUGUCGUGGUAGGAGAACCCCCGUAUGCAGAAACAUUCGGUGACAGCUUGAACUUGACAAUCCCUGAGCCUGGCCCUAGCACCAUCACAAAUGUGUGCGGUGCUGUGAAAUGUAUUGUUAUAGUCAUCUCGGGCCGCCCUGUUGUGAUCCAACCCUAUGUUGCACAAAUAGAUGCUCUUGUUGCUGCUUGGCUUCCUGGAACUGAAGGACAAGGUGUUGCCGAUGUCUUGUUCGGAGAUUAUGGGUUCACCGGAAAGCUUCCCCGGACUUGGUUCAAAACCGUUGACCAACUCCCCAUGAACUUUGGAGAUCUGCAUUACGAUCCACUCUUCCCAUUUGGAUUCGGCCUUACUACAGAACCUACCAAAGCCAAUUAAAAAGGCCAUUGGUAGCAGGAGCAACAACAUAAUGUCAUUUUUUUUUUUUUUUUUUUACAGAAGCAGAGUUAACUCCUAUAUCUCAUUGGUUAUUGUUGAGAUUGAAAUAAACUUGGCACCUAAAAGAGUUAUAUGGUUGAUGAGGAAAACAUUUUUCUGAUUCACGGGAGACAAUGCCAAAGUUUGAAAAUGACUUUCUAGUCUAUUUAAAUCACUCCCCCUUUUUUUCCGGUCACUUUUGCUAAGUUGUCACCGUUGCCCCCACUAUUGUCAUCAAAGUAGUUUCAAUGUUUGAUUUCAAGUUAUUAAAUAGUAUACAUUUGGAGAAUACCUUACUUUCAAGUCUAUCAAUACUGCUUACAUGCCUCUUUUAUCAAUUUGAAUCUAAAUAUCUAUAACCAUAGUCAUAUUAUAUGAAUGGUGAAGUGAUUAGGGUUAUAAUUAAGAUAAAAAAAAAAAAAUGUUUCAAAGGUUACAUAUUAUACAGAAGUCGAGAAAAAAAAAUAGAACAAGUUUGUUACGUCAGGGGUCGGGGCACAGGGUGCUGCCUCUGUCCCCGCCACGAUACUGAACUCACAGAUCCCCAUCCUUGCCACCAUUUAAGUCCCCCCAAUUACGACAUGUCUAGAUGCUAUUCUUAUGAGGG